AUGGUUGGACAUUUUAAGAAAGACUACCCUCAAACACCUGCUGGGGUGUUUGCCAUUAUUCAAGCUGUUGUUGCAGCCAACCCUUUUGGGGUAACAGAUCAACUUCUUGUCAAUGACUCAUAUUUUACUGUACUGUUUGACUCUGGGGUUACACAUUAUAUUUGGCGUCAAGAGUUGAUUACGUCUAUGCCAGUUAGGAUUGAAAAUAGGGAGUUAAGUGUUGACCUAGUACAGUUGGAACUAAUAGUUGUUGAUAUUAUACUAGGGAUGGAUUUUAUAUCCAAUUAUUCAACCAGAAUUGACUGUAAACAAAAGAUGGUAACUUUCCAGGCAGAGGGUGAAGAUCCAUUUAUUUAUGUUGGAUAUGUUCAAGGAUUUUUAGCAGUUGUCAUUGACCCCAACAGACCUGAAACAUUUGGGCUUAAAGAUGUCAAGGUUGUAAGAGAGUUUCUUGAUGUAUUUUUUGAAGAGUUACGAGGAUUGCCACCACGGCAAGAGAUAAAUUUCAUAAUUGAUCUGGCACCUGGGGUAGAACCUGUUUCUAAGGCACCAUACAAGAUGGCUCUAGCAUAA